UUGUCAUACCAUUGACAAGCCACGCUCCUUGACGAGGGAACUGUUUGAGUCACGAGUCAGAUUUUGUUAGAGCAUCAUGUACUCAGCUCAUGUACUCUCGUCUAUGCUGCUCUUUAUAGGAUGUAUUCAGUCAGCCAGUAGCAGGGCUGUUAUUGAGAUACAUUUCAUAAGGUACCAGGCGAGUUGUACGGAGGAUGCUGGCACCAGAGAGUGUGAUCCAAAGUUUACUUUCUGUUUGAAGAGAGACACGGAUCCAAUGAGCAUCAGUUCAUGCUACUAUGGAUCAGCUGGAGAGAGCAGCCACUAUCAGGACACCAACGACAUCGAUUUUAGUUAUAGAAAGGACGUAGGCGGUAUCCCCAAUCCAUGGAUUAUACCCCUUGAUAAAGAUCUGGGGAAGUCAGUUUUAUUUGUCAUUCGAAUCAGGGAUGAUGACAUUUUUGGAGAUGAACAUCUUCAAACCUGGGGUACAAAUCUCAGUGAGGUUGUCUACCCUUCCAAAGAUGUCGCACAGUUUACCACAAGGGAAGCAAGCAGUGGGGGAUACAAGAUAAAAUUUGAAAUACGGAUGUAUUGUGAAGCAAACUACUACACCUCCAAUUGUUCUGCCUACUGCAAUGUUCAGGGCAACUCUACUGUCCCUUUCACCUGUGAUGCUACAACAGGAAACAAGGUCUGCACUAAAGGUUGGACUGGGGUCAACUGUACAGAAGACAUCAAUGAGUGUAGCCAGCAGAUCUGUGAAACUGGAGCAUGUGAAAAUUUGGUGGGAGAUUACAUCUGUCACUGUCCCACUCAUUACACAGGUGACAUUAGUUACAAGCUUUUAUACUUAGCUGUUUAG